UAACGAAAGUUGGCUUCCUGGUUUACAAAGAAUUAUGGGUUAAAAUCAAUGUUUUCAAUAGAACUGAAAGCUGAUUCUACUAUUUGGAUGACCGGAUAUGAAGUUUGAGAUUCAAUCGUAAAGAAACACGUGACGGUUUUUCCAUCGUUUCGUUACGAUGUCGAAGUCGGUGCUGCCCGGAGAGGGGACGCCCCUCCUCAGCGCCGAGGGUGCCGCCGGCGAUGUCACUUCCGUCUACAUGCGUCGAUGGUACAUUGUCCUGGUAUUUUCCAUCGGCAGUUUUAUACAGGCGCUAGGCUGGAAUACAUGGGGACCGAUUACGGAGUCUGCCGAGGCGGUGUUCGGUUGGCAUGACAGCCAGAUUGGAAUGUUUGCCAACGGAGGCAACAUUGCAUUCAUGAUCUGCGUUCUACCGUUCUGCUACUUCAUGGAUGUCAAAGGCAUACGGGUCUCCCUUCUGAUGUGUGCUGUGGUCGUGUUUAUUGGCACAGGUAUCCGCUGUAUCACCAUGGAAACAACAGCUAUGACCUGGUUGGCUAACGCCGGGGCUGUGUUGCUAGGCAUCGGCGGAAGUGUUCCGUUUGCCGGCCCAGCGAAGCUGUCGUCUGUUUGGUUCCCGCCCGAUCAGCGGGCCACCGCAACGUCUAUUGUGUCCUUCGCCAACUACUUUGGCGUCGCCAUGUCAUUCAUAUUUGGACCUCUUAUGGUUUCUAGUCCAAAGUUUGAGUGCAAGAAUUCCACCCAUCAUAUAAAUGGGACCCUUGAGUUCCCGGCUCUCGAAGUCCCGCGUCCCAUGAUCAACAUUUCCAACACAAGCUGUGAAACAGUUUGCGUCAACAGAGAUGAUCUCAUCAGCGAAAUCCGCCACUUGAUGUACUUACACACAGCUAUCGCUGCCCUCUUCCUGCUACUUGUGAUAGUGUAUUUCCCGGACAAGCCCCCCACACCACCCAGUAAGACCGCCUCCAUGGAGCGGACCGAGUGGUUGAAAGGUCUCCGAAUGCUGACUAAAAACUCUGCGUUCUGGCUGGUGGUUUUGGCGGGCGCUGUUUCCGCUGGCGUGCUGGGAGUCUGGGCGUCCGUCCUCGACGUCAACCUCAAUAAACAUGGUAUCUCACAGAGUCAAGCUGGCUAUAUGGGGUUCUGGCAGACUCUUGCGGGGUGUUCAUCUGGGCUUGUCAUCGCUAGGUUCUCUGACAUGUUCAUGCGGAGGAUGAAGCUGUUCUUGCUGCUGCUGUUUAUCGGCGCCGCACUGUCGUCGUUCUGGUUCACCGCCAUCUGUGAACAAUACAUACCCUUCAACAUUCCGUCUUUAUACACAUCGUGUAUCCUGAUUGGUAUUUUCAUUAACGGAGGAAUCCCUCUGUUCUACGAGGUCUCGUGCGAGGCGUCCUACCCGGUGGCGGAGGGCGUCACCGGCGGCGUGAUGACGCUUGUCAAUAACCUCUUCGGUGUUCUCUUUCUUUGUAUAAUGCUCAUAAAGGAUAUAGGUACCUCCUGGAUGAACUGGGCCCUUUUCGGCUCUGCGGUGGCCGCCUUGCCGCUCCUAAUCCUGUUUCCUGAACGAUAUCGCCGCACGGAUCUCGACAUCACCAUCGACAUAAAACCAACUAGCGGUGACCUGCAAGCAUCUGACACAACAGACGACGGUGCCGCAUAGAGACACACACACCCAGCGCUCACUUCCACUAGUAAUACAGUUAUCUCCGCUUGUCAAGGGAGAGAACUGCGUAAGAGAUUGUAAGAAAGUAUGACAUUGAAGUAAUGUAUUGAAACAUAUCACAUGAUUUCUCAAUACCGUUAAUGAUAUUGUAAUUUGUAUAUACUGAUAAAAUUUUAUUUACAUCUGCAGUUUGUAAAACUGUAUUACCACCGCGUAUUGUGUAAAUAUGGUUGUGAUGAUGUUAAAUGCAAUUGGUGCUGUCUCACAUGUCAUAUUGAACUGCUCAUACUUCAUGAAACAUUUGGUUGAAUAUUAAACAUUGAUUGUGCCUUAUUUCAGUAACGUCUUAAUGUUUAAUGUUAUAAUUUUUAUCACAAUCAAUUCUUUUCUACAACGUGGGCAUACGUUAUCUGUAAAAACCGUCAAUGAUAUUGUUUUUACUAUGCAUUAACACCAAAGGUAUUAUUGAUUGUAAUCAUGUUCUCAUGUUUAUGUCGCCUGUGUAGCAUGACGGACAUGUUGGCAUCAUGUUGUCCGGCACCGUCAUCUGUUUUGAUUAUUUGAAAAUACUCAAACUUUGUAUAUGUGGAAAUUAAAAAUGUUAUUUAAGGAAUGAAUUGCGUGGUUGAUGUCAUUAUCGGGGUAUGAACGCAGUUGGGCUGGUUAAAGCGUGUGGAGUACGAAUGACACGAUGGACACGUGAAUCUUACUAAACUGAAUAGCAUUUCAUAUUCUUAACAUAACUUUGAUGUCCUGCCAGAUUUUAACAUUCACAUUAGACUUAAUGGCCUUGAAAAUUCAAAAUUGACCAUCGAGGUGCUACUUCAGACGUUUUAACGCGUUACUAAGUCGUUUGAACGAAAACAAACACACGUAUGUCACCGUAUAUAUCACUCCUACUUAUAAUUAUAAUUGUUUCAUCAUCUGACAUUCCAAAAAGUGAAAAAUCCACUAGUGGGCAUAUUCAAAUAGCGAAUUCUAGUCAUAUUAAAUAUUACUCAUGGUGUUAAAGUGUUAAUUUACUAAAAAUUAAUGUUACAUACUUGUGCAAUAUGUCCGGGACAGAUGUUUAAUUCAUGUUCGGCCUUCUAGGCUAACUGGGACUGCAUCUUUGUGAAUAUUGAAGGAAAUUGUUGUUAAAUUAUGCCUGUUUAUAACAGUUAUUGUGAAUGCAAAACUGUAGAAAGGUCGCGAAACACUAGUACAUGUUAACUUGUGGUCACACCUGUGACGGAUCCGUGGUUUAGUGGUAACACACUUGACUGACAAUCCCGGGGUCGCAUGUAAAAUGAAUAAGCUCAAACACCCAACACUGGUUACACGUGCAUGUACCAAGUUGCAAUGGUUACACGUGCAUGUACCAAGUUGCAAUGGUUACACGUACAUGUACCAAGUUGCAAUGGUUACUCGUGCAUGUACCAAGUUGCAAUGGUUACACGUGCAUGUACCAAGUUGCAAUGGUUACACGUACAUGUACCAAGUUGCAAUGGUUACACGUACAUGUACCAAGUUGCAAUGGUUACACGUACAUGUACCAAGUUGCAAUGGUUACACGUACAUGUACCAAGUUGCAAUGGUUACACGUACAUGUACCAAGUUGCAAUGGUCGCGAAUGUUCACCACAAUAACUAGUACUUGUAGGCUCACUGUUCCUCGCUCGUGCUAGGAUACGUAUAUGACGUGUACACACCGGGAUGACGUAGUGUACAAUAAGUAGCCCACACAUACACUUACAUGUACAAGUAGUGUUUCGCAACCUAUACUGUAUAAAUUAAAAAAAAAAUGAGAUUGUUUUGUUUGAUUUAAAUGUCGUUGAGAAAAAAAUCAUCUGUUAUAUGUUUUCAAAUAAAAAAGUGC